GAAGCAGUAGACCAGGUAAAUCUCCAGUUAUACAGAGUCACCGGUGAAUAAUGACCCAACCCUUUUACUGUAUCUUUGGCGUUUAAUGGCAAUAGAAUAUGCGGAUGUGGGGCUGGUGUCGGGGCAUCUGAGCCAUAAUUACCUUUAAACCCCGAAUCAUCAGGUUUCCCCGCCGGGACUCUGUGACUGUCAGGGCCAGAGCCAUGUUGUCAGCAGAGGAGAUCUUGAGUAGCACAAAGCAGGUGAUUGCAGGACUGGAGGCUCUGCGUGGAGAGAACCGCACCCUGCUGGACAACCUGCAAGAGACGCUGCUGAGCCGGACAACCAGCGAGAGCAACAGCCUAGAGGAGGAGAAGAGUGGCAUCAUUUUACAGUCCCUGGACAGAAUUGAACUGGGAUUAGGGGAGGCACAGAUGAUGAUGGCUCUGUCAGCGCACUUGGGUUCUCUGGAGGCAGAGAAGCAAAAACUGCGUGCUCAGGUGAGGCGGCUGUGCCAGGAGAACCAGUGGCUGCGAGAUGAGCUGACUGGAGCUCAGCAGAAGCUGCAGGAGCGUGAGCAGGAUGUGGUGACACUGGAGGAGCAGAACAAACACCUGCAGUUCAUGAACAGCAUCCGCAAGUACGACCCAGACGAACUGACGCUGGAGAAUAAAGGCAGUUCCUCAGUUAAGGAGUCUCUUGAUGAUCUUUUUCCCACUGAUGAAGAAGAGCAAACACAAAUGUCUCAGCCACAUCGUAGUGCUGUAACCGCAGCCCACCAGGCGGGGUAUGAGAUCCCUGCCAGACUUAGAACCCUACACAACUUGGUGAUUCAGUAUGCCUCUCAGGGCCGCUAUGAGGUAGCCGUGCCUCUUUGCAAACAGGCCCUGGAGGACCUGGAGAAAACAUCUGGACACAGCCACCCAGAUGUGGCUACGAUGUUAAACAUCUUGGCUCUUGUGUACAGGGACCAGAACAAAUAUAAAGAAGCUGCCACUCUGCUGAAUGAUGCACUGGCAAUACGUGAGGAGACACUUGGCAUGGACCACCCGGCAGUCGCAGCUACCCUGAAUAAUCUGGCUGUGCUCUAUGGUAAACGAGGGAAGUAUAAAGAAGCAGAGCCUCUGUGCAAAAGAGCAUUGGAGAUCAGGGAAAAGGUGUUGGGGAAAGACCACCCUGAUGUUGCGAAGCAGCUCAAUAAUCUGGCUCUACUGUGCCAGAACCAGGGCAAGUACCAAGAGGUCGAGGACUACUAUGGGAGAGCCCUGCAAAUUUACCAGAAUCGGCUGGGCCCAGAUGAUGCCAAUGUGGCCAAAACCAAAAACAACCUGGCCUCAUGCUACCUCAAGCAGGGGAAGUACAGACAAGCUGAAGCUCUGUAUAAAGAGAUCCUGACACGUGCUCAUGAGGAGGAGUUCGGAUCAGUGGAGGGAGAUGGAAGACCAGUUUGGACACACACCACAAAGGGAGGCUCUAGACAGGAAAGCUUGAAGCGCAGUGGUUCUUUUACAAAGCUUCGGGAAUCUUUGAGGCGGAGCAGUGAAAAACUGGUUAAGAAGCUAAAAGGGGCUGGAACACAAGAAACAGCGCCUCGCAAUCCUGGAAUGAAAAGGGCAAAUUCCCUCAAUGUGCUGAAUGUAGGAAUAAGGGAAAGUCAGGACGCUGUAAUGGAUCUCAGCAGGCUGACGGACAGUCGUGCUCUCAGCUCCAGUACGCAGAGUUUAGCCCGUAGGAGCUCAUUAAGUGGAGAAGGUUAAUCUUUCCUCUUCAAGGUCCUGCUCCUGUCUUCAAACAGCUACAUGAAUCAUGUCUAUAACCGACAAAGUAUUUAUCUCAAAUGAAGAUUAAGUGGACCACACUAAACUGGAGCUAAGUAAAGAUUCCUCAGAGGAAGCAGAUGGAGUAUACAACAAAAGAUAUGGCGCGUCUUUUCUUUCUGACCCUGCAAGCCUGUUGCACGGAACCAUUACCUUACUACAUGCAGCUGUAUCUAACAUGGCCAUUUCACUUCAUUAUUAGACGCAUUAGAGUUAUUUCUAUUUAUAUGGUAUAUUUUAUGGCCUACAUUCUGAAGUGAUAAACACUCGCAUUGUGAAACAAGAGACUAUUUCAAAUGCAGGUUUUUAGUAGGGUUUGGUGGUUUACUGCUAUAUCUUCUGCUCUGUGUAGAUCUUGAAAGUGUGGGUUGUGUAAAACCAGAAGAAUGAUAUGUACAGUACUGUGCAAAAGUCUUAGGCACCUUAUUAUUUUUAGUACAAACUUUGUUAUAGACUUUUAUUUUAUGACUUCUAUAUUGUGGAACCAGUACAAAAACAUUUUAGAUUUCCAAACAUUAGUUUUCCAGCACAAAAUUAAAUGUUACAGAAGAACGUUUGUAUGCCAGUAAAGAACGCUGCAUAUUACAUAGACACUUUUCAGAUAAAAGCAUAAUGAAGGCUGCUAGAUUUUACUAUAAAAUUAAGACGUGCAACAGUUAAAGUGUCCAGAACUGCAGCUGGUUCUAGAAGAUGCUCAGUAAAACCUACAGCUCAUUUCCUUAUAAAACUGUACUAACUGGACCUGAGACUAUUUAAAAAAAAAUGCAUUGCUGCUUUUUUUAAAUGUAGAAACAUUUAAUUUCAUUAUUUUUGAAAGUAUCUUUGCUCAUCAUUUCAUUGCAUGUACCUUUUGCAUAGUACUGUAGGUUACUCUGUUGUUGUUUAAGUGAUGAACAUUCCAAGUUGUUUUACAUUUUAUUGCUGUAAUCUAAGAUUCACUUUAUAAGCGACUGUACAGACUCAGUAUGGUAAUGCUGUAGAACAAUAAAACUUUCAUCUGUCAUUCACAAUACUUCCUUCAAAUGGAUUGAUUGCUGUGACAUUCCAAACUGUGGAUGACGAAAAGAAAUGAAUGCUUGUACAUAAGCUAUACAUUCUGAACCUGUUCAUUGGUUCCUUCCAUAACUUAGAUGCAUAAGUGGGGUCCAAACGGACCCCAGUGGUAGUUUUGUUGCAAAAUCUUUGUCAUUUUACAAUUAUAUUGUCUAACCUUCCAUGUAUUCCUCAAAUAGGGUGUUUUUGAUAUGUUCUCAUUUGGAUUUGUAUGUAUAGUUUUUUUUCUUUUAAGUUAUUUUAUAUUUUGUAUCAAUACCCAACUUUUCCAUAAGUGGGGUCCAAACGGACCCCAAGCAUUUUAUAUGGAGUUUCGGUUGAUAUCCCUAGGAACUUUUUAUUUUUGUCACCUCUGGUUGUCAGGAAUACAUUUGUUGCCGAUCAACACAUCUACUGCUUACAUUCUCACCACCCUGAAGAGCAUUUUUACUCAGCAGCACACAUGUAAGUAUUAUCAUCAGUUUUAUUCGCCAUACAAUAGUCCUAAAAUGUUAACUUAUUUUCAACAUCAAUGAAUCUUGUGUGAUUGUGUUGUUACUGCAUACUUAUGUUGUUCUAUACUUAUUUUUAUUACACUAGCUUACUGUGCUAACAGUAAAGUAUGGCUUCCAAACUGCAACCUCAAUGAUGAGAAAACCUUGAAGAAAAAGGGAAGAGGGACAUUUGAUGUCAGAGUGGAGAAGAACCACAACAUUUGUGCUGUGACAUGGUACGACACCCGUCAGGUGACACUUGUGUCAUCCUUUACUGGCCCAGAACCAGUGUAAAAGGUUAAACGUUGGGACAAAACUGCCAAAACAUUUGUGGAAGUUCAGAGGCCUAACAUCGUGGCGACCUACAACAAAAACAUGGGGGGAGUGGAUUUGCUGGACUCAUUUGCGGCCAAGUACAAGUUUCCUCUCAAGUCCCAUCGUUGGUACAUCUACAUCUUCUGGCACACAAUUAUUCUAGCUGUGAUCAACACUUGGCUCCUGUACAAACGGGACUGCAAGGUCUGGGCUAUUCCAAAGAAAGAGAUCCUGAUCAGGAGACGGUUUUAGGCCCAGUUGGCAUCCUCCCUUAUCCUGACUGGCACAUCUGUCCCAGUGCCAAAGCGAGGGUGGCCAUCCUCAAGCCCUAUGAGUUCUCCAGCUGCUAGGCCCUCUAAGAGGAGAAAUGCACACCCACCAAGUGAUGUCUGCAAAGACAUGACUGGGCAUUUCCCCAUCAAAGCUGACGGGGGAAGGUGCAAACAGUGUGCUAAUGGCUACACUAACACUGUUUGUAUGAAGUGUGAUGUCCGCCUUUGUUUUUCAGAACAAAGAAACUGCUUUUUGGACUACCAUAGGUAAAGAAGGGAGAUGUAAAAAUGCAUCUUAAGUUUGUUUUCAGAUUUGUACAUACAGCAUUCAUCCAGUGUUUUUAAAGAGUGGAAAUUACUUUUUUUGAAUAAAUUACUUGUCAUAAAACAAUAUAA